AUGUCUAUUGCAUCACUCUCACGAAAUUUACCUCACGUCGCUAGGAGUUAUACCACUUUAUUACCUAAAUAUAAUCCAUUAAGAACAAUGGCUACUUACAAGAUUCUUAAUGAAACGUUUGAAAAACCAGAUCUAGAUGACAGACAGUACAGAUUUAUUCAAUUGCCUAACAAUUUGCAAGCACUAUUGAUUCAUGAUCCUACCACUGAUAAAGCUGCAGCUGCAUUAGAUGUUAAUAUUGGUGCCUUUGAAGAUCCAGAAGAAUUGCCUGGGUUAGCACAUUUUUGCGAGCAUUUGUUAUUCAUGGGAUCAGAGAAAUUCCCAGAUGAAAAUGAAUAUUCUAGUUACUUAAGUAAACAUGGGGGUUCUUCAAAUGCCUAUACAGGUUCUCAAAAUACAAAUUAUUAUUUUGAGAUUAAUAAUGAGCAUUUAUUUAAUGGUUUAGAUCGAUUUUCAGGAUUUUUCACAGGUCCUUUGUUUAAUAAGGAUUCUACUGAUAAAGAAAUUAAUGCUGUGGAUAGUGAAAACAAGAAAAAUUUACAAAAUGACGUAUGGAGAAUAUAUCAAUUGGAUAAAUAUUUAUCUAACCAUGAACAUCCAUACCACAAAUUUUCAACUGGUAACGUUGAGACUUUGGGUACUAUUCCUACUUCCCAAGGUUUGAAUAUAAGGGAUGAGUUAUUGAAGUUUUAUAACAGAUGUUACUCUGCUAAUUUAAUGAAAUUGUGUAUCCUUGGCAGAGAAGAUCUGGAUACUUUGUCCGAUUGGGCAACGCAGUUGUUCCAGGAUGUCCCAACCACCGAUCGUGAGGUUCCAGAAUAUCCAACCCAAGUUAUCACAAAAGAUCAUUUCACUAAGAUUAUUAGGAUUAAGCCUGUAAAGGAUAUCAGAAAGCUGGAGGUCACAUUUUUAGUACCUGAUAUGGAUGAACAUUGGGAAUCUAAACCAUCUCAUUUCUUAAGUCAUUUGAUUGGGCAUGAGGGUUCUGGUUCAUUAUUAGCCUAUUUAAAAAAAUUAGGUUGGGCUAAUGAAUUAUCAGCUGGUGGUCUUUCUGUGUCAAAAGAUAAUUCAUAUUUCUCAAUUAAUAUUGAUUUAACUGAAAAGGGGAUGGAUAAUUAUAUUAACGUUGUUCAUAUUAUAUUCCAAUAUAUUGAACAUUUAAAAAAUGCAUUGCCUCAGGAUUGGAUUUAUACAGAAUUAGCUAAUAUCUCUAAGGCAAAUUUCAAGUUUAAACAAAAGGGUAGUCCAUCAUCCACUGUAUCAAAUUUGGCUAAAAAAUUAUCUAAGGAUUAUAUUCCAGUGGAAAAUAUUUUAAAUUCUGGUAUAUUUACUAAAAAUGAACCAGAAAAGAUAAUCGAAUUCACCAAAUCUUUAACAGUAGAAAACUCAAGAUUUAUGCUUAUCUCGAGAGAUUUGCCAACAGAUACUGAAGAAAAAUGGUAUGGGACUGAAUACAGUAUCAUUGAUUACCCUGAAGAAUUAUUGAAAUUGACAGAAACACCUGGUUUGAAAAGCAGUUUACACCUACCACAUCCAAACGAAUUUGUUGCCAACAAUUUUACAGUUGAUAAACAAGAAGAUAUUGUUCCAUUGAAUGAACCAUAUUUGUUACAGGAUAAUGAAAAUGGGAAAUUAUGGUAUAAGAAGGAUGACAGAUUCUGGCAACCAAGAGGUUAUAUUUAUAUCUCAUUAAAAUUGCCCCACACUCAUGCAAGUAUCCUCACAAGCAUGCUUUCCACGUUAUAUGUACAACUGGUCAACGAUUCAUUAAAGGACUUGGAGUACGAUGCAGCCUGUGCCAACUUACGUGUCUCUUUCGUUAAAAUCAGUCAAGGUCUUGAUAUUACCCUUACUGGGUUUAAUGAAAAGUUGGCUACUUUAUUGACUAGAUUCCUAGACGGUAUUAAGAACUUCAUGGCAGAUAAAGAUCGGUUUGAAGUCUUUAAGGAUAAGACCGUUCAACAUUUGGAUAACUUGAUGUACGAAGUUCCAUAUGGUCAAAUGUACACCAUUUAUAAUUCUCUAUCUAGUGAGAUUUCCUGGUCUACAAAAGAAAAAUUAGAUGUUGCUAAACAACUAACAUUUGAGCAAUUUCAAGCAUUCAUUCCAACAAUUUUCCAAGAGAUGUAUUCUGAAAUCUUAGUUCAUGGUAAUUUGAAAUAUGAAGAGGCUAUGGAGAUCGAUUCAUUGAUUGAUAUUUUAAGAAAACAUUCAGUUCAAACUUCUCAAGUAGAUAAUAUUAGAAUGAGGUCAUACAUUAUUCCAAAUGCAAAAACCUUCAGAUAUGAGACUUUGUUAACAGAUAAGAAAAAUGUGAACUCAUGUAUUCAACAUGUCACACAACUGGACGUGUACACUGAAGGAUUAUCAGCUAUGAGUGGAUUAUUUGCCCAAAUGAUUCAUGAACCAUGUUUUAACAUUUUAAGAACUAAGGAACAACUUGGCUACGUCGUAUUCAGCUCCAGUUUGAAUAACCAUGGUACAGCAAACAUCCGUAUCUUAGUACAAUCUGAGCAUUCGACACCUUUCUUAGAAUGGAGAAUUGAUGAAUUUUACAAGAAGUUUGGUAAUAUAUUAACAACUAUGACUGAAAAAAACUUUAAGAAACAUAAGAAUGCCUUGUGCAAAAACCUGCUGCAAAAAUACAAAAAUAUGAACGAGGAAAGUUCAAGAUAUACAGCUGCUAUUUACCUUGGGGACUAUAACUUCUUACAUCGUCAAAAAAAGGCAGAAUUGGUCGAAGCUUUAACCAAAGAACAAAUGAUUGCAUUCUAUGAAAGAUAUAUCAACGGACCGGAUGCAACAAAGCUGGUUAUUCAUUUGAAAUCCCAAGCUGAGAAUAAGAAGGUUGAUAGUGAAAAGGAUCUAGAUAAUGCACUUUAUCCAUCAGGUAUAUUAAUCGAUGACAUUCGUCAAUUCAAGUCUGCUUCUUUCUUGGCGCCUAUUCGCCAACCUAGCAGAAAAUUUGAAAUAUACGAUCCCAACAAAUAG